AUGCCAUUUGGGUCACUUUCAGUAUCUAACACGGCCAUUCCACAGUAUGCUCCUCCAUAUCCCGUGAAUGGCAGCGACUACACAACCAAGACUGUUCUCAUCGUUGUCUAUCAAACAUCGCUUCAAUGUGUGCGACAUUUUGUACCGGAUAUGCUAGAGCUAGACGAUGAGCCAGAGGUAUCAGUAAUGCUUUUGGAUCACAGCAUGACCUCAUUCGGCCCAUACAAUGAGUAUGUCCACUCGGUCAAAGUCAAAUACAAAGGCGACACAUUUGACUACUUUCUCUCUCUAAUCCUUGAUAACGACUCACCAAUAUCCUGCGGCCGUGAGCAAUUCGGUUUUCCCAAGAAGUUGGGGAAUGUGGAGUUGGCGUUGAAAACUGGAUCGACGGUUGUGCAGGGCUACGUGGAGAGACCUACAGGCCAAAAAAUUGUUGAAGUUGGUUUCCAGCCUGAGCAGAAGGUGAUGGGCAAAAUGGAGAAAUCUAUCCCGGGGUUAAAUUUGCGAGUUAUACCUUCAGUGAUUUCGGGACAGAGUCCAUCCGUUAAGGAACUGGUGCCGGUGAACAUCGAUAUGGAGGCAAGCGAGGUUUGGCAAGGCUCUGGAUCUAUCUGCUUCCCGGAGCCAUCAAGCUUUGACCCGAUGCAUGAAAUCAAAGUCGUUCGAUAUGAAAAAGCGACUCUCUUACGGAAUGCAUCCCUUGCGAUCCGUUUGCCGUCAAAAGUUUUUCAGCUAUAA